AAUCCAGUUGUGUACUUUUCAGAAAGAUAUUAUACACCAACAGUGUAUAUAAAAUACUUGACCAUAGGCCUACUUCAAGAUUGAUAUUUCCAUAUCGUGUUUUUAGGGUGUACUGAGAAAAAAAACUUUUUUAUAACUUCAAGGUUUGUCAUUUGCGUUUAUCCACUUUUGAUAAUUAUGCGUGAUUCUUAAACUUAGCAACGAAAACGGUUUUCAGAAGAAAUGCUUAGAUUUUCGUUUGAAUAACCAAAUACCAACAGAUACUGUUUAGAUCAAGGUCAUUGAAACAACAUUUACAACCGAGUCCCGAAGACAUGUCGGUAAUUUUAUCACCGAAAGAACAAAAUGGAGAUGUAUUCGAGAAAAGCGACAAUAACUCCGUCACAACCACCCACCCGUCGUCACCUAUCUUGUCAGCCUUCCAAAAAGAAAAACAUCAAGGAAAUCCAAGCAACAGCAGCAGCAGCAGCAGCAGCAGCAGCAGAAGCACUGAUGAACCAGCACGUACCACCACCACCACCUCCCCCGCCUCCAUCUCCCUCUCCCAGCUCGUCGGCUCGUGGUCACGUGGAUGCGAGGCACGCUUCUCGGCGUUUACCGCCGUUAAUUCGAACCCAUCUUCAAGUCAACGACUCGGCGUCGGAUUGUGCCACGGGAGCGGAGUGCUCCACCGUAUCGGCGCCUCCCUCGAUGACGGCAGGGAUGAAGAGAAACUUGGAGCCAGCAGCAACAGCAGUGACAGCAUCACCUCCGCAGCUUCACCACUCUGUUCAACACCAACAUCAUCAACAACAACAGCAGCAACAGCAGCAGCUAUCGCCAUUCCGAGCAUUACCCCACAUCACCAUCACUUAGGCAGCAACCAUCAUCAUUUGGGAAGCAGCUUUAGAUUGUAUUCGAACAUGUCGAAGGUGGAUGCUUCGGGGGAACCCCCUUCGCCAGCACCUCUCCACGGCGCCGCGUUCCCUUUUGCUGGUCUGCAUGGUUUGUCCAUGACACCGGGUGCCAGAGUUCCUCUAGGCCCACCUGGAGCUCUAUUGGGCCGAAAACGUCGAAAAGAGAAUCGACAACGUCGCCAGCGGACAACAUUCACCAGUGAUCAGACCAUCAAACUCGAGAUGGAAUACCACCGGACAGAGUAUAUCACACGCAUGCGCAGAGUAGAACUAGCCGAGAUGCUGAGUCUGACAGAAACACAAAUCAAGAUCUGGUUUCAGAAUAGACGGGCGAAGGAUAAACGAAUAGAAAAAGCACAGAUUGAUCAGCAGUACAGGAGUCUUGGACUGCCGACACCGGGUAGCAUGUGUGGUUUUUCCCCUGCCUUCGCCGGUCUAUGUGCUCCAUGCUGUUAUUGUCCAACUAGUGUACCUGCGCACGGAAUACCUACCCUGCCACCGACCCUCCAUUCGGCAUUUCGGUGAUGGACUACGUUCCUGGCCCGCAACACCCGGGUGCUACAUUCAGUCGACGGAGAAAGCCGUAUAUCUAUAUUUUAGUGCAAUAAAAGAAGAGACUAACAACAUCCAUUGUGGCGCCAAGAGUUUUGCUUUUGCUGAAUCGUUGAUACUUGCGGGUUGAAGCAAACAUAAACACUGUAACGCAUCGUAUUUGAUAAGAUGGUAUAGAUGAAGAUGCGUCUGAUUCGGCUUCAGAUUGAUAUCCGAUAAGAUCAUUUCACAAAUAUAAAGGUUUGUUCCCAGGCAUAUGCAUUUUCCACAGUAUAGGGGACACAAAUUCACAGGGAGAGGGAGAGAUAGAUGAGGGAGGGGGUAUAGGGACUUUGUAAGAUGAGUAUAAUAUAGGGACGAUAAAUGCGUGAACGACUGAAACACAGAGAUUUGAUGUCUUACACGCCAUCAAGAAGGCAAAACGUGUUCAUUCGACCAAACCCAUCCCAAAAUUUUGAAUUUGAUGUAGCUGAUAGACAAAAAUGUAUGCAUUGUGAUUCGCAAUCUAACACUGCUCCUAGGGAGGGCAAUCAAAAAUUAAUAAUCACUGAACUUCCUUUGCCCAAAUGGGCAACAGAAUUUUGUCUCAAAAGUUUUGUCACUAAUUGAUUGUCGGAACAGUUGGGGCUAUUACUGUUUCAGAUGAGGAAUGGGAUCUUGUCACAAGUCUCGUCGACCUAUAGGUCCAUGAUGAAAUCAAUGCAAUAAUGCUUUGUUUAUGUACAAAAACAUUGCAAUAAGAUCCUACCCAUUUGAAUAACACAAACAUUGUCUACGUUCAUAGUUAUUGGACUCAUUAAGAAUUUGAACGUACGAUAUUUGUAUUAUAAGUUUAUUAUCAAGUAUAAUCACGCAUAUUCAUACACGCAGAAAGUAUUAUUUUGUAAAUAAAUUUUGCACGUUGAUUGCUAAGCAUAUUUGUUCCGUAAUUCCGUUUCUAGAGAAUUUGCCCUUUCAUACAGAUAUACGAAACAAAAAAGAAUAUCAUAACUUGAAUCAAUUUCUUUUGGCAUGCAGUGGGGCGGGAGGGAGAACGUGUCUUUAAACGAUUAUUUUUUUUAAUAGUUUUAGUCGAAUUCCAAUAUUUUCACGCGAAUUUAGGGAGUGAAAUAUAUUUAAUAUAGCUCGUAAUUAUCACCUUGUAUUUAGAAAUUUUAAGAAUGUUCGAUGGGCAUCCAUUUUAGACCAAAAUAAUCAACAUAUUUUAUUUCGAAUAUGAUCUUUUGUUUCAAAUACACAAGUAUUUAUUAAUAACUCGCACAUAGAAUUACUAGUAUCAGUUACCACAUUCAUGAUUGUAUAUUUAUUUUUUGUCGUGAAUAUUUUCAAAUUCUUGCCUUUUGUAAGAAAGGAAGAAUACCAGUCACGCCAGACCCACCAACUUGUAUUUUAAAAUUUGUGUAAAAAUGCUUCCAUUUCUGUUCAUUUUUGUUUGCUAGUAUAUGCAAAUCAAUGAUUGAAAGUCACUUAUCUAUGCAAUAAUGUAGCGUGAUCAUUGAUCUUUAGUAUAAAAGUAAGUCACAUACACUGUAAAAAAUAUUGGGUAAAAUUUUAACCAGCACGAGGGUAAUUAUAUGUCCAACCAAUUUGGGGUAGUAUUUUACCCAAUGCGGGAAGCAUGUUGUCCAGUAAGCUUAAAAAAUAAGCAGCAAUUACUUUAGAAUGGACAAAAUUUUCAUCACACUGGGUAAAUUAAAAAUGCCCAAAAGAAAUGUCCAAUGUUGGUUUGACACAUAAUUUACCCUCACGGAGCAUUUUUACCCAAUAUUUUUAUAGUGUACAUGAGUUCAAAUCUCUACAAAGAAAAGACCUGUCCCUGAGAGGCAGGGGCGUCGAUCUAUUUUUCAGAUUGGAGGGGCAAAAUCAUGAAUCAACGUUCCAAAGGCGCUCGAUCACACAAAACGAACAAACUCACCCACACACACAACUACACCCCCACACACACAUAUGCCUAUAUACAUACAUAUAUAUAUACAUAUAUAUAUUUAUAUAUAUAUGUGACUCAUGAGAAAGAGACAUAUAUCUCACCCUCACCAAUUAAUGCGAGCGCGAAGCGCAGGCUGAAAUUUUUUAGUAUACUGACAUGAAAACAGGAAAAAGGUACCUGUUUAGGACUGUUUGUAGUAACUCAUGAGGGGGAUAGAUACAUGUAUCUCACUACACAGAUAAUGUGAGUGCCGAGAGCGAGCUGAAAUUUCUUUAUAUUCUGACCUGAAAGCUUGAUAUUCUAAGCAUUUUUGGUACCAAUGAUCUAAAAAAAUGACAGUUUAAUGGACGAUUUUUAAUAAAGAACAAGAUAUAUAUCCAACAAAAGAUUAUUGCAAAUCGAAGCGGGAGUUCUUUUGAGGUUUAGAACUGAAAACGAGACAUUCUAUUCACCUAUUUAAUCAUGAAAAGUAUGGGUUUUUGCUACAGAAAUGAUGGGAGCGCGAAGCGCGAGCUGAAAAUUUUUAUAUUCCAAUCUGAAAAGCGGACAUUUUAAGCACGAUUUUAAAUAAAGAACUAGUUGGUAUCUCGAUCUCGCUUGCUGAUUUCCGUGUAACAUUACCAUCCUAUUUUAUUUUUAGUUGCACAUGCGGAAUUAGUGGGGGGGGGGGGGGCAAAAUAAUAUGUUUGCCCCCCUGCCCCCCCCCAGGAUCGACGCCUCUGCUGAGAGGGGAUUCAUGUAGCGUCUUCUAACUGAUUUUAGACCAGUUUUCAUUCAGCCAAUUAUAUGCAGCGAUUUCAGUAGCUUAUACUAAUAGCUGUAAGUGGAAGUUUCUUGUAAUCGAGUCACUUUGUGAAACACCCGGGUGAAACACUCCCCUGGGGCUCCGUAUACCACAAAGCUUAGCAAAGAUCGGAGAACAAAUUUUCACGAUUGAUUGCAUUGACUAAAAUGUAAAAUCAAUCGUAAAAAUCAAACGUACGAUCAGUCGUUAUGCCUGUGUUACGGAGCCCUUGGGGCCGUUUCAUAAAGCUGUUCGUAAGUUAAGAGCGACUGGUGAACCUUUCUUACGCGCUAAAUAAUCACCAUUGAACAUUUAAAGGUGAAAAUCAUUUACCAUAAGAAAGGAUCACCUGUCGUUCUUAAAGUCGCUCUUAACUUACGAACAGCUUUAUGAAACACCCACCUGGGCUCCGUAACAUAGAUUAGCGAUCAAUCGCUAAAUGGACUGACCAAUCAAGGUCAAUGUUACACGUGCAUUUGGUUCAAAAUACUGACCAGGAACCAAUCAGAAGUGUUCUUUCAUAUUUGCUAUUCAUCGCUAUGCUUUAUGUUACGGGGCCCAGAUCACUUAAUCUCCUGAUAUGAUGAAAGUAAACUUCAUCUUUAGUCAGUGUUUACAAUCAUCUAAUCAUAAUAUACCGUCUAAAAAUAAUUUAUUAUCUAGAUGUUAUGCAGAUAGGUCUUUGUGAUGAAACCAUGAUGCAAUCAUUGAUUAUCAUAAUAUUCUUAUAAUAUCUCGAAGUGUAUGUGAGCGAUAUAAGAUAUGAAAUUGUAAUAAUCUUCCAAGAAGUCCCUUUUUAUAGAUUGAUUGCAAAUGAAAUUGUUGAAAGACAAUGACCAUUAAACAGAUAAACCACUUUAAUCAAUUUUCUUUUCAUGUACAUUCAAUAUUGGCCAGUAUUCGGGUGUCGCAACACUGCACACGCACUUAACUGAUAUUAAAAAAAAUAAUGAAUUAUAGUCUCAUUCGAUUUUGGAAUAGAACAUUAAUAUUAUUUCAUUGUUUGCCAAGACUAUGGGAAAAGAAAAUCUCGUGCCAUAUUUUAGUAGUUUUCAUAUUUACUUCAUUGAUCAUGACCCUCGACAACGUUUUACAUUUAUAUAGGUUCUUUUUCUUUUGUAACCGUGGUUUUUUUAACAUUAGAAAGCAUUUUUAGAUACGCGUAUUGCGGAUUAACCAGACUACAAAGAAUCUGUUUGAAAAAAAGGAUAUCAUAUCCUUUUUUAUGUCUUGAAAUUCUACGUUUGAAAACACAUGUUCCAAUUGAUUACAUUAGGGACUGACCUGUGACGCAGAGUACGAGUUUGGAAUUAGCUCGUACUUUCCACAUGCAUAUCAUUUUUUAAAAUAUGUACUUGUAUAACUUUAAAUAUUUUCUUAACCAUAUAACAGCCCCUUUACCUGUCCAGUCCCCAAAAUACGUAAAAGAUAAAAUGUACGGAGCAUUCCAAGAUAAAGAUUAAACAAAAUGAGGCAUAAAUCGGUGUUUUUUAUACAUCCAUAACUACAUUGAAUACUAUAGAUUUUACAUCUGUCUGUCCUGCAAAGAGUUUGAAGGAUGUUUAUGGCCACUUUAAAAUCGGAUGCUCGUUCUGAUGUGGGUUUGGUAUAAAUUAAGGACAUCAGAACUUAAAGAUGAGGGGUAAUGUUUGCACUUUGAUUUGGAAUAACUUUGUAAUUGACAUUCAAUUUAUUAUCCGACAUGGGAUGAUGUCGAUGUUAGUAUUGUGCGAUAUUAUUAAAGUUGACCUGAAAUCCUUAUUGAAUAAAAU